GGAGGAGGAGGAGGAGGGUGAAAAUGUGUCCAACCCCUCAGAAAAAGAGUUCCUGCUUGGUGAAGAGCGCACACAUCCAGUGUGUGAGUCACACGGGGCCAAGUCCUGCCUGCUGAGCGCGCCCGGGGCUGCUUCUCUUUUCUUUUGGAUCGAGUGGGCGAAACUUCACGGACCCGAGGAAGAGGAAGAAGAAGAAGAAGAAGAAGAAGAAGAAGGUCCCGCGACGCGCCGGGUCACUUUUACGCGCCGCCGAGGAGUUCCUUCCUUCGGCCAGUUCAUGAGAAAGAAGGGGGAAGUGGACGCGCCGUGAUCCCAUGGAGCUGCUUCGCUUUUCCGCCUUCUGGUGCGGAACGAUCCUCCUCGGCAGCGUCCUGCUGCAGCAGACGGAGGGCAUCAUCAUCAAGGUGAGGAGGCUGUGCAAGUUCUGCGACGUGCGGGCGACCAGCUGCACGGGCAAAGGCCGGUGCAAGGUGGAGUGCGACAUCACGUCAAUCUGCCCCAACGACGACGACGUGUGCGUCAGCAUUUGGAGGAGGAAGGACGACAACGUCACCUUCGACACAGUGUGCCACAACCCGGCUCACAAGCUGUACGGCCUGGUGCUGGAGGAUUACAACAACAGCAAGUGCGAGAUGAAGGAGCGACAGGGCAUGGGCUCCGAGUUCUUCAUCUGCUCCUGCUCGGAGGACGAGUGCAACGAGCACAUCGUCUUCAACUCCUACAUGGAUUCGCAGGUGGUGGCGGUCAUCUUGGUGAGCCUGGUGCCCCUGCUGGUCAUGGCCGUCCUCGUCAUCACUUCCUUCUACUGCUAUCGGGUGUACCGCCAGCGGCAGGCCAGCUCCCGGCGCAAGAAGGGUCUUCCGCUGGACUUCAGCGACGCCCAUGCCAUCAUGAUCGACGACGAAGGCUCCGACAGCAGCUCCACGCUGGCGAACAACCUCAACCACAACACGGAGCUGCUGCCCAUCGAGCUGGAUGUGCAAGUCGGGAAAGGGCGCUUCGCAGAGGUCUACAAAGCCAAACUGAAGCAGGGCUCGUCGGUGAGCGAGGAGCAGGGCUUCGAGACGGUGGCCAUCAAGAUUUUCCAAUACGAGGAGUACGCCUCCUGGAAAAAUGAGAAGGACAUCUUCUCCGACGCGGACCUGCGGCACGAGAAUGUGCUCCACUUCCUGACAGCGGAGGAGCGGAAGGUGCAGAGACAGUACUGGCUGAUCACCGCCUACCAGCCCAGAGGGAACCUUCAGGAGUACCUGAUCCAUCACGUCAUCAACUGGCAGGACCUGUGGCUGCUCGGCAGCUCGCUGUCGCGCGGAGUGGCUCACCUCCACAGUGACCACACCGCCUGCGGCCGCUACAAGGUGGCCAUCGCUCACCGGGACAUUAAGAGCUCCAACAUACUGGUGAAAAGCGACCUGACCUGCUGCCUGUGCGACUUUGGCCUCGCGCUGCGGCUGGACAGCAAUCUGUCGGUGGAUGAGCUUGCCAACAGCGGGCAGGUGGGCACAGCCAGGUACAUGGCCCCAGAGGUGCUGGAGUCGAGAAUCAACCUCGAAAACAUCGAGUCCUUCAAGCAGGCCGAUGUUUACUCCAUGGCCCUCGUGCUGUGGGAGAUCAUUUCCAGGUGUACAGCAAUUGGAGAGGUGAAAGAGUACGAGCCGCCCUUCGGGAACCUGCGGGAGCACCCCUGCGUGGAGAGCAUGAAGGACAGCGUCCUCCGAGACCGAGGGCGACCUGAGAUCCCCGACAGCUGGAUCAACCACCCGGGCAUCCAGACGGUGUGCGCCUCCAUAGACGACUGCUGGGACCACGACCCCGAGGCCCGUCUGACGGCCCAGUGCGUCGCCGAGCGCUUUGACGACAUGGAGUACCUGGACAAGCUGUCGGACCGCUCCGACUCGGAGGAGAAGAUCCCCGAGGAAAUCUUUGUCGUGGAUGAGAAGUAGAGUGCGACAGGAGAAGAAAAAACGCCGCCCCCACCAGGGCGGGCUGAGGAAUUACAACCAAGCAGCUUGGAGAGACAGAACUUCCAGUGGACGCUUCAUUUUUGCUUUCGAGAUGUGUGACAGAGGAGCAAACUGGAACAUCACGUACAGUAAACAGGACCGACACAAAGACAAACACCAGUGACUGACUUUCCUUUUUAUUUUCUUCUCCAUGCUUCAAGGACUGGACCAGAUCACAAACAAACAGGGAAAUCACAUUAUUAAGCUUUUUUUUUAACCCAAUACUAUUUGCACUUUAUCAAUAUCUAUGCACACCAAAUGAUUUAUAUACAGAUAUAUAUAUAUAUGUAUAUAUUCAGUGUUGUCUCUGUUUUGACAAUACAUUUCAGGUAUAGGAAGUAAAGGAACAGCAUGUAUAUAGAGAAGGGGUGAAAAGGGAGGAAUGCAAAGAUAUUAAUGGGCAGUUAAUAACACUAAUAAUAAAUAUUGGAUAUUUUCGAACGACCUUGGAUUGAUGUCAAUGGAAAUUCACCCAAAGCAAAGGAAUAGGAAAGUCAACCUGGAGGGAAAGAAAGAUGACAUUGACUCUCAAUGACGAUGAACCUUCGAAUAUAGAUGGCAAAAUUUGCCUGAAAGUGAAAAGUGGUGUGUGUGUGUGUGUGUGUGUGUGUGUGUGUGUGUGUGUGUGUGUGUGUGUGUGUGUGUGUGUGUGUGUGUGUGUGUGUGUGUGUGUGUGUGUGUGUGUGUGUGUGUGUGUGUGUGUGUGUGUGUGUGUGUGUGUGUGUGUGUGUGUGUGCGCAGAAAGACAUACAGUAUGUUUAAAGGACCCUAAACUGGAGGAUACAGCUGAGCUCGCUGCCUAUAAACCACAAAGCUGAACUUCUUUGAAGUUGUUUUUUUACAGAAAAGGGAAUUCUGAUGUCGUUUUCAGAAGAAAAAAAACAUGAAAACAUUUUUUGUAUAGAAGUGUAAAAGCAUAAUUAAAAGUGUUUAAGGUA